CAGAGAUUCAUAAAAAAACAGACUGAUUGGAGCUGUAAGCAAGAAGAGACUGUCUAGGCAGGAGCAUAAAAAAAUGAAGUCUGUAACUAUGACCCUGUUGCUUAUCUGCACAGUGUUAGCUCUGUCUGUGGUUGGUCAGGGGCAAGAAAAACCAGGGAUAAAGAAAAAGGCAUUGGCAUUAGUGAGGGAAAACUUACAUAGCAAAAACACCACCAAACAUGCCUACCGUAAGAUCGGAAGAACAAAUAUAACCAAAAGAGAUGGUAACAGUAACACAUUUGUGAAAAUUGAAGCUAAAUUACAACAGACCAAUUGCAAGAAGGAGGAUCGUGAGAAAGGGAAAUGCCCGAGUAUAGAACACUGCACUGGCUGCUUUAUAUUCAAAAAGAAUUCCGAUGUGGUUGUGUCACAGUACAUCGACUGCUGUCCUGAAACUUCCCUGUCAACGGAUCAAGAAAAUAUGAGAAGAAAAUCCUGUAAUAAUAUGAAGAGAAAGUAUCUGCCAACAAGCUUGACUGUUCUAUCUUUCCAUCCUGGUCAUGUGCGUGAGAGACGUCCUUAAUAUGAGAUACUGUGACAUAUUAUACAUUAUUAUGAUUACGCAACAUGGGAAGAUUUGCACGUUAUUGGAAUCCUGUUCGGUGGUGGCCCCUCCCUUUCUAAAAUGAUCAUCAGUAUUUGUGACAUUGAUGCUUUCAAUUAAUAUAAUCCAAGUAUCUGUGUAGCGUACUGUAGUUUUGUAAUUCAUUUGCAUUAAAAAUUCAGUCUUAUGCAAUUAUUAUUCAGUAUAUACAUAUUAUUAUUCACUAUUUACAUAUUAUUACUCAGUAUAUAAAUAUAAGUAUUCAGAAUGAAACACAAAUGAUUAUUCUUAGCCAGUAAAAUCCUCUAAUGUGUAACAAAACAUUAAAGGGACACUGAACCCAAAUUUUUUCUUUCCUGAUUCAGAUAGACCAUUACAUUUUAACUAACUUUCUAAUUUACUCCUAUUAUACAAUUUUCUUCAUUCUCUUGGUAUCUUUAUUUGAAAUGCAAGAAUGUAAGUUUAGAUGCCCGCCCAUUUUUGGUGAACAACCCGGGUUGUUCUUGCUGAUUGGUGGAUAAAUUCAUCCACCAAUAAAAAAACUGCUGUCCAGAGGUCUGAACCCAAAAAAAAAGCCUAGAUGCCUGCUUUUUCAAAUAAAAAUAGCAAGAGAACGAAGAAAAAAUGAUAAUAGGAGUGAAUU